AUGAAGAAGAAGAAGAAACCGGCAGAAGAAGGAAAGAACGAAAAGGAGAUGAUUAAUGAGGGAGAUUUGUUCCCAGUGGAAGUUUCAGAGAUGUCGCUCGAAGAUAUCCGAUAUCCGGAAGACGUUCGAGUAGCUUUCGGGCAUCCAAUGAGAGGAGUUCGAUCCGAUUUUCAGAGAGAAGAGGGAGAAUCAUGCGAGGAGGAGGAGGAGGAUUACUGUUUCUUGUGUGUGGUUGUUCGUUAUUUUGCAAAGCAAGCAAAGAAGAAACAAGACGACCCGACGUGUCCCAAUCGAAGUCGACAGCUGGAACAGAAGGCGAGUCGACAGAUGGGGAUGAGGACGACGUCUUCGGAUUAUUCGUUAAGUCAUGAUUCGAGUCAGAAGACGUUGGUUGGAGAAUCGGGGUGGGAAGCAAAAGUGAUUGUUGAUGAGCCAAUUGAUGAGCUUCCUGAGAUCGAGUCGAGUUGGAGGAGGCUGAUGGAUCAUCAGAACGGUCAGUGGAGGGACGCGCCUGAUCGAAUGCACCCCAUUCGUCGUCGUCAUCGUUGA